CAAUUUUUCAGUGACGUCAAUGCCAUUAAUGUCAACCGUCAACAUACACUUCCUUUCCUUUUUCUUUUCAACUUGGCUCACGCUUACAAAGGUAGGUCAAAAUGACCAAAGGUACUUCAAGUUUUGGUAAACGUCGCAACAAGACCCACACUCUGUGCAGGAGGUGCGGUAGAUCAUCAUACCACAUCCAAAAGUCACAGUGUGCUCAGUGUGGAUACCCAUCCGCAAAAUUGCGUUCCUACAAUUGGUCCAUUAAGGCUAAGAGGAGGAAGACCACUGGAACCGGCCGUCUUCGUCAUCUUAAAAUAGUGCGCAGGCGCUUCCGUAAUGGAUUCAGGGAAGGUGUUAAACCAGUUAAGAAAUCAACGUAAAAGUGUUAUUUUUUGUAUUAGAGAAUAAAAAACUUUCCAUUU